GAAGAUGGCCCAGGCCCCAACACCCAGAAUCUUGCCUUCGAUCUCAAGCACGGAUCUAGCACCCCCUGGAAUGCGAAAGUUCUCGAUAUUCUCCUUGAAGCAUUGAAAAGGAGGAGCGUAGAAGAACAGUGGCCGUUCCAAAGGUUGGAUGGUUAUUAUAAGAUGAUACUCGAAGAUCGCUACAAGCGGCUGCGGACAGUCUGGAGAGCAGCACAACCAAAGGUUACAGCAAAGGGCAUAUUGGAAACUGGGGCAGAAGUGGAGGAGAGGUUGAUUGUAAAGAGAGACAAAAAUCUGAAGUCGGUCCAUCAAGCAACUUGUCGGCGAAAUCAAAUUAUUGAACUGAAGAAAGAUGGCGAGGACGAGGACCUACCAGCUUGGCAGUGGCUUCAAAAUAUAAUCAAAACACUGGGAGAUGGAGGUAUGAGUUCAGAAGAAAGCGACAUUGAAAAUGACAUCGAAUGUGUACUCCAGGUCAAGAAUAUGACAUGGCGGCGCAGGAUAGAGCAAGAACUGAAUAUCAUUGAUAAUCAGAGAGUGUUGGAUGAUGAUAUUUUC